AUGAAUUACUACAGGGCAUUUCGACCACGACAGCCAGAAUUCAUCACCAACAUUCUGGAUCUCGACAAAAUGGCAUCAGGUCAAGAUACAGCGGUUCGCAAACAGCAAGAACUACAAUCCCAAUACACGAAUUUCAAGACGACACUCCAGUCGUUAGCACAGAAGGUGGGGGAGAUUGAGCAAGAAAUAGAAGAACACAAGCUGGUGACUGAAACUCUUCAACCGCUACCAGAAGAUCGCAAAUGCUUUCGUCUAAUUAAUGGGGUGCUGGUGGAGAGGACGGUGAAAGAUGUGCUACCUGCGUUGAAGACGAACUCGGAUGGACUCAAACAAGUCCUCGAGGAACUGCUGAAACAAUACAAAGGCAAAGAAGACGAAAUGAACAAGUGGAAGAAAAAGCACAAUAUCCAAGUAGUGCAAAACUAG